UCUUGCAUUCUUCAUAUUGCUAAUUGAAGCUACUUUGUAGUAACUUGUUUACUCCCCUGCCUGAUCCCUUCAGCUCUAUCCGCGUUGUGCUUGUGCCCGCACAGUUUUUUGCUACCUAUAUCUCGGGCGCAGUUGUCGGAGCAGCGAGGUGACGUUCCCCGCUCGGCAUAUGAUCUUGUACCUAUAUAUCUGUCAAAACCAAGAUAAUAUACAACAUCCUACGACAUGAAGCUUACAGCCGCGGCUCUUAACAAGCUGGCACGCAAAACGUUAGAACUGGAAGGGGACCCCACGACUCCUGUACCUCCUUUCUAUAUUGAUCUACUGGAGAAACAUCUCCGAAAGUGCCCCAAUGAUACCAACUUCAUUGCCGAACUAGCCGAACCCCAGAAUCCGACCAGCACCAAGGGUGGGAAUGGUUUCGGACUGAUUGUCUGUCUGGAGGACCAAUGCUGGAAGGAGAUCAUUCUCAGUGCGGACCCAUUCCGAGGCGACGGCGGGCGCCAGGAAGGUUUCGGGUCAUUCUGGAACUAUCAGGAGCACUGCAAAGAGAACGAGCAUAUCAAGGGACGGAACGAGCGAUGCAAGAAAAUGGGCAUCCCUAUUCAGUCUUCUUCCUCCUCUCUCCCCUUGUCUUCCUCGCACGCAUCAUCCAGCAGGACUUCUUCGACCCUCAAUCCCCUCUCUACGCCUGCUUCUUCCAGUAGGACAAACCAGUCUUACACUAUGCCCAGCGCUAGCUCGUCCAGCAGCAUGUCCAAAAAGACAUCGCGUCCUUCCAUCCUCGAUGCGUUGGCGCCCUCCCCUGCCACAAUAUCCGUGCAUUCUUCCUCCCCUAUAUCAUCCCCUCAAGUCGUCACCACUCCUUCCGGGAUGACCUCUGCGGCUCUCAAUCGCAAUAUUGCCCCUCAUGUCAAGGCUACCCCCACGCCUGCUAGUAAAAGGAUGUCCUCGUCAGACACCCAUCGGCACGCGAGUUCUACAAGUGGCUCCAGGGCUCUGACGGCCAGACACUCUUCCAGCUCAGAUAUCGUGCCAAUAAACAGGGUGGGAGACUCUAAAAACGGUGGACACAUUGCCAAUGGUGGAUCAUCCACCAUACCCACAACAGAAUCAUUCGCGUCUGAUCGGACACCCUUAGCCCCUUUACGCCAAAAUGCCAAAGGCACCAUUCCCAAACGUGAACCUGUCCGCCAACGUACUGUAUCUGGUACUGCCGAUAAUUACGACGACGAUGAUAUCUCUCUUCCAAGUAUCAAAGAGCAGGACAAGGCGUUUUAUAAAAAGUUCUCAGCCAAACGAGAGCCAAUCGCCGUCGCAGCCACUUCCUCCUCUGUUCUUAACGUAGGUGUCUCUGCGUCUGCUUCAGCCGCUGCAAAAUCUUCUGUUACUACUGGCGUGCCUCUGCGCGAAUUUUACUCUUUACUUUUGAAUGAAUUAAAGCAAGGACGAAAUGGUUUGGGUAUUGAUUUUAUCCCUACUGAAGACAAAGAACAAAGAUACGCCGCAGAGUUGCAACAUCUUCUCAAGGCCUUAGCUGCUUUCCAAAAUGAAAAGCACAAGUUCCGAAUCAUCCUUCAGCGGAUGAAAUUUUUAAAAGAUGCUCUUUGCAAUCCUAACACUGUCAGAGCCUACAUCGGCCCUCCUAUUGACAUCACCCUUAUAUUUCCUAGUCUUCGUUUAAUCAUUGAAAAGGGUCGACUUAUAAUGAUGACUCGGAUUACAACGAACACGACUGGGCAACUUUUCAAACUCCCUUGCGGAUGCGGCGAUGCGUCCCACGCCUGCGACUUCGGAGCUUUCGCCAAAGACUCGAGUAUUCUUCAUUGUCGAGAGCCUAAUGCGGCUUCAUCUGGCUCCCAGUUGGCCCACGUAGGACCAGUUAUGGCCAGCAUCCCAGAACGUACCAAAAUCAUUGAUUCGUUAGCCGGCAUCUUGGGCGUUGGUCGUUCUUAUACCAGCUACUCUGAUGAUGACAUGUCUGAUGACGAUGGUCUCCAUGAUCCCAGACUUAUAAUGCAGAGUUAUACUCAUAACGUUGCUGAAAGUCUCACUGCCUUUUUCAGUGACAAUCUCAAAGAUUUCCAUGCCGAUACCGAUGUCGACAAGGGUCUUCAGAAACUGGGGCUUAAUUCUCUUUCCGAUUUUCUACCAGGGCUCAAAAUCAAACUUAUGCCUCAUCAAGUAUUGGGGGUCUCCUUCAUGGUUGAAAAAGAACGUGAUCACAGAUAUCGAGGUGGACUGAACGGCGAUAGCAUGGGCUUGGGGAAGACAGUGCAAUCCAUUGCGACGAUGGCUGCCAAUCCUAGUCAGGAUGCGAAGUGUAAGACAACUCUCAUUAUUGCACCCCUUGCGCUAUUAUCUCAAUGGAAGAACGAAAUUGAAAGCAAGACCACUGAAGGUCUCAUGAAGGUUCUUAUUUAUCACGGCCCUAAAAGGGCAACCACCGCAGCCGCUUUGAAGCAGUACGACGUCGUUCUGACUACCUACGGUACCUUGACAUCUGAAAGCGCUUCUGAUAAACCAUCUAAACACAAGGUCAACUCGGUUGAUGUCACUGAGGAAGAAGGAUCAGGAUCUACACCGGCCAAAAUGGUUGGACCACUGAUGAAGGUCAAAUGGUAUCGUGUCAUCCUGGAUGAGGCGCAUCAAAUUCGCAAUAGAAACACACGAGCAACCAAGGCAUGUUGGGCCCUUAGGGCUCACCUACGCUGGUGUUUGAGUGGUACUCUAGUAGUCAACUCCCUCGAUGACAUCUACCCUCAUCUGCGCUUUUUGCAAAUUUCGCCUUCUGCUCAAUGGGAUCAUUUCCGUGAACACAUCUCCAAGCCACAGAAGAGAUUUCCAAAACUUGCCACAAAUCGAGUUCAGGCCAUAUUAAGAGUCUGCUGCAUCAGACGCCACAAAGAAUCUGAACUAAACGGCAAGAAGUUACUCGAACUGCCUCCCAAGACUACCAGGGUAAUAGAUCUCCAAUUCACGGAUGAGGAGAGGCAGAUCUACACUGCCAUCGAGAACAAAUACAGGGUUACCUUCAACUCGUUUUUACGCAAAGGCACGGUCAUGAAACAUUACUCCAUCAUGUUGGUCAUGUUAACUCGCCUACGACAAUUGACCUGUCAUCCUUGGCUUCUGCGACGUAACCCUAACGAUAUCGGCGAUGCACGAGAUGUUGUCGUCACCGAUGACGAUCUUUUUGGUGGUCUCGAGGCUCCCAAAAUGGAUGACAUCUCGGAGCAGGCUCGCGCAUCAACAUUAAUCGGUCAAGAAUAUGUCGAACGCGUUAAAAUUCUUCUUGCAGAACGCACGAAACGCCUUGAAGAAGCUCCUCCCGAUGGGAUUGAUGAAGCUGGUGACUGUGAAUGCAGUAUCUGCUAUGAGCAGUACAGCGACGAACGCAUCACACCCUGUUGUCACUCCUUCUGUGCAGAAUGCCUGGAAAACAUCUUUAACUCGGCGCAAGGUAACGCCGACCUCAGCGAUGACGAUGUGCAAGCAGGAAGAAGGAAGUGUCCUCUGUGCAGGUCCGUUAUCGAUAAGGCAAAGAUUUUCCGAGCGUCCGCAUUCAUGCCUGUUGAAAACGAUGACCAGGACGACGAAGACGACAAUUGGGGAUCCCAGGCAGAGGAAGUGGAUGAUGAAGAUGUUGAUAUCGGUGCGAAGCUGGAGGAACUCAACGAUGAUGAUAUGUCGGAGAAAAAAAAGGGAAAGAGAAAAGCCGUUGAUUCUGUCGUGUCGAAGAGAAAGAAGAGAAAGGGCAAAGGCAAGAGUGACGAAGCUGCAGAAGAUCAGCUUCAAGCUGUCAAUGAUGAAGUAUCAAUCGAGGAUGUCCUUCCCUCUACCAAAAUGAAGAAGCUUGGUGAACUCAUCGACGCUAUAAUAGAGCAAGAUCCCUCGCAGAAGAUCAUUGUCUUCUCACAGUUCGUUGAGUACAUAGACCUUUGCAGUAUCUUCCUUCGACGCCGUAACAUCCCUCAUGCCAAAUAUGUGGGAUCUAUGAAACAGGAUGAGAGAGAAGACACGAUCAAAGACUUUAACCGUCCUAUGGAAGAGGAUAAGUCACCCAGAUGUCUUCUCAUGUCACUAAAGUGUGGAGGAGUGGGUUUGAAUCUCUGCAUCGCCAAUCAUGUGAUCUGCCUUGAUCUGGCUUGGAACGCGGCUACUGAAAACCAGGCCGUUGAUCGUGCACAUCGAAUCGGUCAGACUCGUGAAGUCGUCGUCCAUCGCCUCGUCGUCGAAAACACAAUUGAUCAACGCCUGAUGGAAUUACAACAGCAGAAGCAAGCUCUGAGUGAUGGUGCUAUGGGUGAAGGGGCUGCUGCGAAGUUGGGCAGGUUGAACAUCCAGGAUCUGAUCAAACUUUUCGGUGUUCGCAAUCAGGAUGAUGAGUAGGUGGGAUGAUUACAUUUUUGCUAAUCGCUUUGUGGUCUCCCUUUCUCUUCAUAAGGGGACUUGGGACAUAUAUUUAUGAGACAUGGAAGUGUUGCUGUUGUGCUAGAGUUAUUGUUAAAUUGUAUAUAGAUAUUUCUAAUCUUUGGUUUUGAACAUUUUAAACCUCGGAAAUGAUAUCCGAAUCUAUAUGCAACCGCAU